UCUAUGAUCAAAGAUGGCGAGCACCUCCGACCCACUGGAAGAUAUGCUAUUUUCUGAGGUGGAUGAAAAAGCUGUGAGCGAUUUAGUGGGCUCUUUGGAGUCACAACUUGUUGGACAAAGCAACCCUGCAGAUACUCAGUCGGAAAACAGAGGUGCUGGGUCUACAGUCACUGCAAACCAUCACUUAGGGAAAACGCUACCAGCCCAAGUGGGUACUACACUAGUACAGCAGCAGCAACAAGGACAACAUAAAGCUGUGAUGCACCAGGAGAUGAACUCUAAAGAAAUUAGCUCAGAGAAAACUGUUACAUCUUCUUCGCUGAGUUCUAUUCCGUCCUUUGAGGAAGCUUCCACCACUUCAGGGACUGGAGUAAACGCUACCAAGUGCGGUUUGCAAUCACAUGGAACAUCAUCUAUCACAACACUACCUGCAUCUGGUGGUGUAGCAACUUCUCCGUUUGUCAACAGCAUCAUCAUCAGCAGCAGCAGCACCACCACCAGCCGAGGUUCCGCUCUGGCUUCAGGUCAGACAUCAACAGACAUUGUCGAUCAUCCAAGAAAACGCAUAACUGCAUCGUUACGGAGUGCAUCCGCGGGAAUACAGAGUUUGAACGGUACCGGAGGAGCGGUAACGUCAAGGAAUAAUCCCCCUGCGGCGGGAACUGAUGCGUUGAUUAGCAGUGCAAGUGCAGCAAACUCAAAUCGGACCGUUGACGUUACAUCUUGUGUAAAUACGACGAAUUUCACUUUAUCAAACUCCAGCAUUUCUUCAACUCAAUCAGCGAUUCCCCUGGAUAAGGGGACUCCUACUAUUGCUUUGCAAAGACUACCAAGUCACAUUGUAGCGAGCAUCGCACAUAAUGGAAAUGGCACUACCGUCUCGGCCUUGGUUAAACAAGGCGCGAUAGGACCGAUCACCUGUGCAGCAGCUUCGCAAGUGAACCACAAAAAAGAGGGUUCUGAAGCGAAGUCGGACGCUCCCGUACAGUCUAAAAUAGUCAUGUGCAGUCCGUUAGGUGUUGUCAAUUCCUUAAUAAACGCUGUUUCCUCUCCCUCUGCUGUUUUCAACCUAGCAGCGACUUCUACUGCAAGUCAUGUCAUGGCAAAGCCUGCUGUCAAUGUUGUUGGACAAACAACAACGGUUGGAAUGGUAAGGCCAGCAUCACCGGCUGUGGCCACAGCUACACAGCCUCUGCUUCGACCAGGAGUCCCAGCGGCUCAAAGGAUUGUAGCCCCCCAGCUGAUUGUCAGACCCCCCCAACAACAACAGACGACCAUUCAACUGCCUCCUGGGUUUACCAUCCCACCGGGAAUGGUGUUGGUGCGCACUGAGAUGGGUCAGCUGGUGAUGGUCCCACAGCAGGCCCUUGCCCAGGCACAGGCCCAAGCCCAGGCCCAGGCCCAGAAUAACAUCUCCCCCCGAACUGCCACCCCCACUGCAGGGGCCACCUUCAGAGCAACUACCCCACAGAAGGGCCCCAUGGCGCCGGCUGUGGCAUUGAUGGCUCCCCAACAGGCCCCCGUGGUGUUGGCCCCCCAGGCCCCCGACGUGAUGGCCCCCCAGGUCCAGGUUGGGGCCCAGGCUGCCUCGCAGCCAGCCCUGCCCCCACAGACCAGCGCCCCUGCAGCCCCAGGAGCCUCUGUCAUCUCCCAGGAGAUGCAAGAGAAUGUGAAGAAGUGUAAGAACUUCUUGGCCACCCUGAUAAAGCUGGCUUCCCACAACUCUCCGUCACCUGAGACCUCCAAAAAUGUCAAGUCACUGGUCCAGGAUCUACUGGAUGCUAAGAUUGAGCCCGAGGAGUUCACCAACAGACUGCAGUCAGAGCUCAAGUCGUCUCCUCAGCCCUACCUGGUCCCCUUCCUCAAGAAAAGCCUCCCAGCCCUGCGGCUGUCUCUGCUCAACAUUCAGCAUUCCCUGAUCCAGCCUCUGCCGCAGGCCACCCCCACCACAGGCACCAGCCCUGCUGUCCGCGGCCGCCUCCCCAACAGCGUCAGCACCACGGGGGCCAGUGUCGGGGCCCAGGGACACACAGCUGCCCUGGGUAUCAAGCAAGCGGGCACCGCUGGUUGCCAGGUCAGGAUGCCCAUGGUGAUCACACCAUUAAGAACGCAAGGCACUGUCAGCAAGGGAGCCACGUUCCAAGCAGGCAAAAGUCCUGUGGGUUUUGCCGUUAAGGGCUCUGGAAAUCAGAACAACAAGCUGAACGAUCCCGGAGGCGGUUCUUUCAGGGAUGAUGAUGACAUUAACGAUGUGGCGUCCAUGGCGGGGGUGAACCUGAAUGAAGAGAGCGCCCGUAUCCUGGCCACCAACUCUGAGCUGGUGGGAACACACAUCCGCUCCUGUAAAGAUGAGGCUUUCCUUCACCCGGGCCUGUUACACAGACGCAUCCUGGAGACAGCUAAGAAGUUUGGCAUGUCAGAGGUUCCUAUGGAAGCGGUGAACUUCAUCUCCCACGCUACCCAGUCCCGACUCCGCACUGUGCUGGAGAAGGUCUCCUCCAUUGCACAGCACAGGAUGGACGGCGGUAAGGAUGAGGAGUGGUAUGAGCAGUCGGCAGAUGUGCGGUCGCAGCUAAAGUUCUUUGAGCAGCUGGAGAGGAUAGAGAAGCAGAGGAAGGAUGAACAGGAGAGAGAGAUCCUACUCAAAGCAGCUAAAAGUCGCUCCAGGCAAGAGGACCCAGAGCAGGCUCGGCUGAAACAAAAAGCUAAGGAGAUGCAGCAACAGGAGAUGGCCUUGGUGAGGCAACGAGACGCAAACCUGACCGCGCUAGCUGCCAUCGGACCUCGGAAGAAACGCAAGAUGGACGCGCCAGGGGCCACGCCGUCAGGGACCGAGGGUGUUGAUCAGAAAAAUGGAGUGAGGCAAUGGAGCAAGAGGCAAAGAGAGAGAGAGGGGAAAAGCACAAGGAAAACUGAUGCCCUUUCCUACAGCUAAAUUAACAGGAAUCACGUGGAAAACAAUCUGAGCCUCCAAUGAAAAGGGAACCAUUAAAAUUAGCCCCGAGCUAUGGACUGCACCCAAUAUCACUAAAGCUGCACUCACUACAGAUGUGGAGGCUGGCUUACAGGCAAACUAUGCUCUGUUCUAUAGCUACAAUUAAAAUCAACCUCUCUGCCAAAAAAUAGGAGAGGAGAAGAGGGGGAGAAAGGCAGACAUGGAACAUCAAAGACAGAUUGAAAUGUGUAGUCAGUAAUAAGACUGGUCUCCAAGCCCUCGGGUUCUCCACGGUCCCCUUGUUAAUGAGAAAUUUUGACCUCUGGUUUGUAAGUUAAACUUGUAAUCUCGGUUAAUGAAGUAAAUCAAUCCCAACUUGGAGUGUGCAGUUUCUCCCCUCCAUCCUCCCCCCUUCCUUCUACCCUCCCCCUUACUCCCCCCCUUACUCUCUUCCCUUCUUCUCCUCCUCUUCCUUCUUCUUCCCUCCCAACGCGCUGCCUGGGAGUAAAUGGCCAGGUCUUCAGCCAGACAAACAGGAAAGAGAGUCAGAGAGGAGAAAAUCGUUCUGGGGGGAGGAGGGGACUGGGACUGGGCAGGCAGGCUGGCUGUUUGGUUAAGGCAUGCAGGCCAGCUGCUUGGUUAGAGAGAGGGGACAUCCACCACUCCCUCCCUCCUCCUCUCCUCCUCUCCUUUCCCCUGCCCAUUCCAUCCGUCCAGUGGGAUUUCACUGAGAGCACAGUGGAAGAGGCUAAAGGCGCGCUCCUCUAUUAACCGUCCUUAAAAUGUUGCUCAGGGGAGUAACUACUGUAUUGCAUCGGAGUGUUUUUCCCUUUGCUGUUACCAUAUGUAUAAUUUUAAUGAUAUUUGAUUGGUGCAGUCAAUGUAUUCAUUGGCCUUGACCUCCUAUUGGCUGUCAUUUGAAUCCCUCAACAGAAAGGAAUGCAGCAUGAGUAACAUAUGGAAUUUUGAAGAGGUUCUGGAAUGGAGCCCACAUUUACAUAUGUAAUGUGAUGAUAUAAUGAGCCAUGCAGGAGGACUCCUGUGGGUAAUCUCUACAGCUUUAACAUGGAACAUACAUAGUCCUGAUUAGAGGGGGCACCAAGAGGCUGUUAUCGGCUGCGUCAUGUCAGUAAGAUCGUAAUGCUCCUUUCACUUUUUGUCUUUAGGCAGUUCUAUUUCUUUUUCCAGAGCGGGGACAAAGAGAGGAGAUGAAGUUGAGUCUUUAAGAAGUGUUACAGGAGCUGCUGUACUUGGCCAGAUGCCAUGUUCUUACAGCUGUAACAUACUGCACUUUGCCAGCCAGCAUCCCUGGCAUUACAGUGCAAUGCUAUAGUACUAUAGACUACUGAUCGUAGGCUGACUGCUGGUUAAAGUCCUUGAAUAGAAAUGCAGCUACAGUUAACAUCUGUUUGGGAUCUUUGUCACUUGGAAAAUAUUUGUUUUAUACUUUUGUCCUCUUAAGAAAAUGAACUCUGUUAUUGUGAGACAAACAUCAGGCAACUGAAGUGUGAAUACAAUUCGCAAAUUGAAUACCAGAUUAUAUUAUCUUUCCUAUUUAAAUGUUUCAAUUUUCUCCAAUGUAUUUGUGUCAUGCUCUUUGAAUAUGUAUGGAAUGCAGAACAUAUGAAUUGAUGAGAUGGCCAUCAUCAUGCAUGGCUGGUUAGGUUUUUUAUAAAACUGUCAACACGGUUUAAUAUCAAUGUUUUUAAUUCCCACAUGAAUGGAAAUAGGGCAAACAGAUUCCAAGAUCAGAAAGAGUUAAAUAAUGAUGAAUCAUGGUGUUAAAGAUAUGACACUGUGUGUGCGUGUGCAUGUGUGUGUGUGUGCGUGCGGCGAGCAUAUUGUAGACAUGACAUUAAGUAUCAUUAAUUACACUAUGGGUCAUUGAAUAUUACCAACCUUUGAUCAUAUUCAAUCAAGUUUUCCACGAUAAAAACAACAUUCCUAUUGCACUGAUUAAUGCACAAAACAAUGUUUACAGGAUGAAACAAACACUCCAUAUUGAUUACUCAACCGCUUACACAUGUACAGACUUGGUAGCCUCUUUGACUGUGAAACUCCAAGGUCGUCUUGGUAGUUUAGUCCUGGCUAACCCAGGUAGCAGUACAGUAAUUAUGUCCUUCUGUGCCAGUCUGGAGGACAGGUGGCUGUUGUAGUAGGUGACAGUGUGUGGCUGGGGGCUCCUGUCCUCCUGCAGCUCCUGAAUUACCUGACCCCCUCCAGUCUGCACUCAGCCCUGAAUGCCCUGACCACCUCCAGUCCACACUCAGCCUUGUAAGCCCUGACCCCCUCCAGUCCACACUCAGCCCUGAAAGCCCUGACCCCCUCCAGUCCACACUCAGCCCUGAAAGCCCUGACCCCCUCCAGUCCACACUCAGCCCUGAAAGCCCUGACCCCCUCCAGUCCACACUCAGCCCUGAAAGCCCUGACCCCCUCCAGUCCACACUCAGCCCUGGCCGCCCACCAGCUUCAACAAGCACACCCCACAACUAACCACCUCAUAAUGACUGAGUAAUAGAAGCUACAGGUUUCCAAGAAAUUAGACCACAGUUACCAUGUAGUCAUGAGAGGCUACUGCCUAAUGCAUUCAAGCUCAGAGGAUGAUAGUGGUUUGUGAGGUGAGAGGAAUACCGGUGAAGAUUUUGCCUGAAGGGUUAAAGAAGCACUGUCAAAUGAAAUGGACAGUUGGACCAGAUUCCUUCCUUAUUAGCUGGAUUCUCUGAUGGCCCUAUCAUAGACAUUGCAGUGACCAUGCUGAAUGUAUUUGCUAGCUGAGAGGACUCUGGACAUAGUAGCAGCGAGGCUAUUAGGUGAGUUGUCUCAGUUGUCCGGCAGACUGAUGAACGGUCCCUGUCCAGACUUGCAGAGAGAGAGAGACAUCAGGGAAGCUUUUCAACCCUUCCAGAGUAACACGCCUCCCACUGGCUCUGUGCUUGUAAAAUACUUAGAACAGUCAUCAUCGCAUCACAUCGUUGAAUUGAAUGAUCUUGUACACUGAGGAAAUUGUUCAGUCAGAAACAUUUACAUAUCGGAAAACUUAUCAUGACAAAUGGUUUGAUCACACAUUGUUCUGUUGUAGGGUUUCAAACAGACAGCAGCGUACUCUGUCUCCUCAGACAACAACAGCUCUGUUACCUAACCACAUUCCCUUGACUGUAGUCAUGUUUGUGUUUGUGUUGUAGAGCAGUUGGCUUCGUUUCUCAGACAAUCUGCUGGGCAGUGUGAGAUCCUGGCCUGGAGAAUGGUCCAGAACCAGACAAUGGGCCAGGGUUAGAACCUUGGAUCUAUGACAUGGAGACCAGGUGUGUGUCCAAAAUGGCAUCAUAUUCCACAUAUAGUGCACUACUUUUGACCAGAGCCCUAUGCAGACCCUGGGAAUAAGGUGCCAUUUUCAGACGCAGACUAGCUGUUCUGUCCAUUCUACACAGCCCAUUAGCUUAGUACACUAGAUGGCCAUGCCUGUAACAAGCCAGUGGAAUGGAGCAGUCUGUCCAAGCUGUAAAGAUAUACAAACUUACCACGCCUCAUUAUUUUAAUUAGAGUGAAACUCCAACAGAUUUUUAUGGAAUUCACAAUAUUCUUAGUCAACUUCUUUGUGGCAUUAAUAAAUACAUUUUUACAUGUAUAUAUAUGUACAUAAAUGCGUGUAUUUGUGCUAAUACUGUAAAAUAAUCGUUUAGAUAAGAAACUCCUAUAUUUCCAUAUUCAUGGUGAAAGCAGUGAUCCUCCGCUUUUCUCUGCCUUUAAAACUUUGCCCUGAAAUAAUGGUUAAAUAUACAGUUUUGACAACAAAGUUGAGCCCCAGGCAAUUAAAAGAUACCCAUCUUAAAGAAAUUAAUUACCUCCCUUGUUAAUCUUGAUAUAAUUAAAUUUCUGAGAAUGAAAUUUGCUGCAGUUUUUCUUGUGCUACUGGUGCCAUGGAGACAGGGCCGAUAACGCCUGGUGCUUCAGCCCACAGACGCUGCCUGCUGGCCAGGGACAUGGGGACAUCCCAACAUCCAGGGCCCCAUCCAAA